CCGGCCACUUGCCUCCUUGCUGGGCAGCUCCCCCUGGCCUUCGGGCCUCUCCCUGCUCCCCUCGGCCCCUUCUCCUGGGCCGCCCCAAUGAAGGAACCGGAUGCCAUCAAGCUGUUUGUGGGGCAGAUACCGAGGCAUCUGGAGGAAAAGGACCUGAAACCCAUCUUCGAACAGUUUGGUCGGAUCUUCGAGCUGACUGUCAUCAAGGACAAGUACACCGGGCUGCACAAGGGAUGUGCCUUCCUGACAUACUGUGCCCGCGAUUCAGCCCUGAAGGCCCAGAGCGCCCUGCACGAACAGAAGACGCUUCCAGGGAUGAACAGGCCGAUCCAGGUCAAGCCAGCCGACAGCGAGAGCCGAGGAGAAGACCGGAAGCUCUUUGUGGGGAUGCUAGGGAAGCAGCAGACAGAUGAGGACGUCCGGAAGAUGUUCGAGCCUUUCGGGACCAUAGACGAGUGCACUGUGCUCCGGGGCCCAGACGGCACCAGCAAAGGCUGCGCCUUCGUGAAGUUCCAGACCCACGCCGAGGCCCAGGCAGCCAUCAACACCCUUCACAGCAGCCGGACCCUGCCGGGUGCCUCGUCCAGCCUGGUGGUGAAGUUUGCUGACACGGAGAAGGAGCGAGGUCUCCGCCGAAUGCAGCAGGUGGCCACCCAGCUGGGCAUGUUCAGCCCCAUCGCCCUCCAGUUCGGAGCCUACAGCGCCUACACCCAGGCCCUGAUGCAGCAGCAGGCGGCCCUGGUAGCGGCUCACAGUGCCUACCUCAGCCCCAUGGCCACCAUGGCUGCUGUGCAGAUGCAGCACAUGGCCGCCAUCAAUGCCAAUGGCCUCAUCGCCACCCCCAUCACCCCAUCCUCAGGAACCAGCACCCCUCCUGCCAUCGCUGCCACGCCCGUCUCUGCAAUCCCUGCUGCCCUGGGCGUCAACGGCUACAGCCCGGUGCCCACCCAGCCCACUGGGCAGCCUGCCCCUGAUGCUCUGUAUCCCAACGGGGUUCACCCCUACCCAGCCCAGAGCCCCGCGGCCCCCGUGGACCCCCUGCAGCAGGCCUACGCAGGGAUGCAGCACUAUACAGCAGCCUACCCGGCAGCCUACAGCCUGGUGGCGCCCGCGUUCCCACAGCCUCCUGCCCUGGUGGCCCAGCAGCCUCCGCCUCCCCCCCAGCAGCAGCAGCAGCAGCAGCAGCAGCAGCAGCAGCAACGGGAAGGUCCUGAUGGCUGCAACAUCUUCAUCUACCACCUGCCCCAGGAGUUCACCGACUCAGAGAUCCUCCAGAUGUUCGUCCCCUUUGGCCACGUCAUCUCAGCCAAAGUCUUUGUUGACCGGGCCACCAAUCAGAGCAAGUGUUUUGGCUUUGUGAGUUUCGACAAUCCAGCCAGUGCCCAGGCUGCCAUCCAGGCCAUGAACGGUUUCCAGAUUGGCAUGAAGCGCCUCAAAGUCCAGCUAAAGCGGCCUAAGGAUGCCAACCGGCCCUACUGAGGGCCCCAGGCCUGGAGACACCAGAGGAAGGGGCGCCUCACCCCCUCGCCCCGUGACUGGCCCCAGCCCUCUCUGCACAUCCGCCCUGGGCCUUGAUUGGGCUCUGGGGCAAACGCUGCUUCAUGGCCCUGGGGGCACAGGACACCGGCCCACUCCCACCACCCCGC